CUCUCUCUCUCCUACACACAUAUAUACAUACACAUAUAUGUAAGUAUCUGUCUGUUGUAUGCCACCGUCUGGUCGGCAACGAAGCUUCAGUUUUAACUGCUGUCUUCUCUACUACUUGUACAUUAGAUUCUUCGGCGUCACAAUGAUUAACGUGAUGGAUUAUGAGAAGAAACCCAUGAACGAAGUGGAAAAAAGCUUGGAUUCACAGUUAUGGCAUGCAUGUGCUGGUGGAAUGGUGCAAAUGCCGCCAUUAAACUCUAAGGUUUUGUAUUUUCCUCAAGGUCAUGUCGAGCAUUCCGGCACCAGAAAUGUUGAUUUCGGUGAUUCCCGGCGGAUCCCACCUUACAUUCCGUGUCAAGUAUCCACCGUCAAGUUCAUGGCGGAUUCCGAGACUGAUGAAGUUUAUGCUAAGAUUGGGCUUUUUCCUUUAAGAAAUGUUCAAAGCGAUUGUGAUUUUGAUGAUCAUGUCGAGAAUGAUGGGUUUUUAGGGUUUGAUGAUAAGAGAAUUAAUGAAAACAAAGAGAAACCCUCUUCUUUCGCCAAGACAUUGACUCAAUCUGAUGCGAACAACGGCGGUGGAUUCUCUGUACCAAGAUACUGCGCCGAAACUAUUUUCCCAAGGUUGGAUUACGCGGCGGAGCCACCGGUUCAAACCAUCUUGAUGAAGGAUGUUCACGGCCAGAUAUGGAAGUUCCGACAUAUUUAUAGAGGGACUCCCCGCCGGCAUCUUUUGACCACCGGCUGGAGCAAUUUCGUCAACCACAAGAAGCUCAUAGCUGGUGAUUCCAUUGUCUUUUUAAGAGCCGAUAACGGCGAACUCUGUGUUGGAAUCAGGAGAGCAAAGAGGGGAAUCGGCGGAGGCUUUCUCGAGAACUCCACCGCUAAUUCUUCCCUAUACGGCGGAGGGUCGCCGGAUUCCGACCACAAAACGAGGAAAAACACCAACAACUCCCAGAAUGACCAAAGAAAAUCGAGCGCUGAAUUAGUGAAAGAAGCUGUGGCUCUUGCAGCUAAUGGGCAGCCAUUUGAAGUUGUGUACUACCCACGAGCAAGCACGCCGGAGUUCUGUGUCAAAGCUUCGACUGUAAAAGCUGCAAUGAGAAUUCAAUGGUGUCCUGGAAUGAGGUUCAAGAUGGCUUUCGAAACCGAAGACUCAUCAAGAAUCAGCUGGUUUAUGGGCACAAUCUCCUUAGUUCAGGUCGAUGAUCAAAUCCGUUGGCCUAAUUCACCUUGGAGGCUUCUUCAGGUUGCUUGGGACGAACCAGAAUUGUUACAAAACGUGAAGCGAGUCAACCCGUGGUUAGUUGAGUUGGUGGCGAGUAUGCCGGCGAUUCAUAUUUCGCCAUUUUCGCCUCCACGAAAGAAGCUCCGGUAUCCUCAACAUCCGGAUUUCCCGCUGCUUACGAGCAUUCAGGGAGCCAGGCAUAGUUGUCAGUUUGGACUAGAUCAUCAUCGUCUCCGGUUCAACCAAAUGCAUCCGUUGAUUAAUCCGUUCCCAUAUGGGUUCACUAAUCAUGUUCAUGACAACUCUUUCACCAGAUUCCCAUUUCAGGAACGCGAUGAAAACAUUUCCUCUUUCUUAACGAUCGGAACCCAUAACCCCCCAAAGACUACUACAAGUUCGAAGAAAAAAGACAAUGAAAAUCACAAGAGAAAACCCAUGUUCGUGUUGUUUGGACAACCGAUUCUGACAGAACAGCAGCUAUCAGAGAGUGGUGUCUCCGGUGACACAGCAGCGAAUCUCUCUGAUGGAUCGGUGGUUCUUCAGACAGCUGGUUCUGUCCGGAGCUCUUCCGAGGAAGAUGGGCCAUGGCCGGAGACAGGCCAUUGUAAGGUUUUCAUGGCGUCAGAAGACAUGGGUCGGACCCUCGACCUGACAGCACUUGGAUCUUACGACGAGUUGUACAUAGAGCUUCGUCACAUGUUCGGUUUACAAAAACCAAAUGCAUGGCGGAACUUGGUCUACCGGAAUGCUGCCGGAGUAACAAAAUCUACCGGCGACGAACCUUUCAGUGAGUUCUCGAAGGCGGCACGAAGGUUGACGAUUCAAACGGAUUCCGUUAAAUAUUAGGAAAUUAUGUUUUUUCUUUUUAUUUUCUUUGAUGAUGUGUACAGUCUAGGUUUUGUCUCUUGAAGUUUUUUUUUUUAAUUAUUAUGUUUGGUUGUUUUUUGAUUAACUUAUGUUAAAUAAAUAAUUUGUUAAUGAUAUCAAGUUAUGUUACGCAAAAUAUUAAUGUUAAUCCCAAAGGAUUAGAAACAG